AUGGUUGAGUGGGAUGGCGAUAAUGACGAGUACGAGCUCAAGAAACGGAACAACCAGUCAAGUGAGGCAGCACAGGCGGACGGGGAGCGCGUUAACGACAAUCUCGGCAGCAAGACCAAGCCCAAGGCGCUGGCAGCGCACCUGAGGGCCACACGCGCCUUAACCAAGUUCUAUGGCUCCUUGUCCAUGCGCAACGGGCUCGAGGGGCGCACUCAGGACGAGUGGAAGAUGUUUGCAGCAGAGCGACGUGCACCAUGUUCGUUUUAUGCUGCUCACCUCGUCGCAAGUGCAGCUCCCGUAGCUGCUCGCAAGGACACCCGCCAAUCUGGCGACAUGACGUGCGCGCUGGGCGACGGCAACCCUGGCUCUCGAGAUUGA